UCACUUUCGUGAUUUGACGUAUUGUGUGUUGUAUGCUGCGAUUUUUAUGAAAUAACCGAGUUUAUUAUAUAUUAAAUUAUUUCGAUAACCAGUGUUAGUAUUAAUAAGGUGGUAGGCAGUUGGCAAUUUCUUUUAAAUUUAGCAUAUAAACCGAUUAGCAAUUAAUCCGGUAAACCUUGAAGUUUGAUCCUUGAUCCUUACUAUUUUGUAGAACUUGUGAAGUUUUGUCAUCGUAUGUGUAAAUCCUAUGGCGUCAUUAUCCUUACCCCGUGUUCUUCAACUAAAGAAGAACAGCUUGGAUGCUGAACGUGAGCAGUUUGAGAAGUUUCAGACAUUAGCCAUCCAGAAAGCAAUAAACACAAUAGAGACACCAGUAAAAGAGAAACAUGUCCGAAGUACGAUCAUCGGCACGUUUCAAGAGCAAAGUGCAUUCACAUAUUGGAUGGUGGCAAUCCGGCAGCCGCUGCAGGACAACCGUAUCGUGGCGUGGAAGUUUUGUAACGUGACCCACAAGCUGCUACGCGAGGGCCACCCCGCCUGCCUCGAUGACUCCCAACGUCACAUAAAUAUGAUAGAAAACCUUGGAAAGCUAUGGGUACACCUUCGAGAGGGCUACGGUAGAUUAAUUAAUUUGUAUUGCAAUCUGCUGGUGACCAAGUUGAAGUUCCACGCGCGUAAUCCUCGCUUUCCCGGAAAUAUGCUGUUGACCGCCGAAGAGCUUGAUGCCAUCGCCGAAAAUGACGUCAACAAUUAUUUUCAGAUUUGCGUGGAGUUAUUUGACUAUAUGGACGAUAUUCUCACUUUGCAAGCUGCAGUAUUCGACAGUCUGGGCAACGCCAGAGCAAACUCAAUGACAGCUAGCGGCCAGUGUCGGCUGGCAGCCCUGAUUCCUUGCGCGCAGGAUUCCUCGCACAUCUACGACUGCAAUGUGCGCCUUCUAUUCAGACUUCACGCUUCCUUACCGCCGGAUGUUCUUGCCGGUCAUCGCGAGAGGUUUCGGCAGCAGUUCAAGAAACUAAGUUCUUUCUAUAAACACGCAAGCAGCCUGCAAUACUACAGGAACCUGUUAACGCUUCCAGUUCUACCUACAAACCCGCCUAAUUUCUUACUCCAGAGCGACUUUGGCACGUAUGUGGCGCCGGUCGUCUCCAUCCCGGAUCAGCCUCCAGACGAAAUCGACACAGUGGGCUCUCUGAUUGACACUUCAGAUACUAUUAGCCAGGCGACGACCCCAGACAACACGGAUACGGUUGACACCCGCGCCACGCCUUCUCCGAUCCCCGACCCCAUUAUUGAGCGCGACCGACUCAUAGAGCAUCUUCAAAACGAACUCAAGCGAAUGCGGUCAGAGGUCUCGCAAAUAAUUCAAGAAAGAAACACCAUGCUCGGAUCGAUGAGGGAACAUUGCACGCGUAUGGAAUCACAACUUCGUGCCACUAAGACUGAACUUGAAGAGGAAAAACAAAAGGCUGAAAUAUUGUUGGUUGAGACCCCACAAAUCAAAAAAAAACUGACGGACACCGAAGAGAAGUCCAAAGUGCUUGACGAAAAAUUCCAAAAAUUAAAAGGAGCUUACACGCAAUUGAGGGAAGAACAUAUAGCAUUGAUAAGACAGAAAGCGGAAGUCGACAAAAUGGCGGCAAGUUUACGAGCGGCUACGGCCCAUCACGAAAGUGCUAAAACAGCGUUACAACAGCAACUGAACGAUCGCAUGAAGGAUGUCGAACUCCUCCAACAAAGUGCAUCGUCAAGUGAAGAAAUAGAAGCAUACAAGAAUGAAAUAACUCAUCUUCGAAGUGAUUUAGAAAAAUCCAUACUGAAAGAAGCAGAGUUGGAAUCUCUAAAAGCGUCAAUGGAAACCUUAGAAAUAGAACAUAAGACAGCUACCACUGAACAACAAGAGAAACUUACAGUUUUAUCUAGCGAUUUAAAAGAAGCCAAAGAAAAUAUCGAAAAAUUAAAAAUAGACAUCACGGAUAAAGAUACUGAGUUAAAUAAAGUAAAGGAGGAGUUAAUAGGCCUUAGAGCGAAAAGUGGCGAUGAGUACAAGAAGGCUAUAGAGGAGAAAGAAGAUGCACUAAAUCAAUUAUCUGAAUUGAAACAGCGGUACGCACAAGAUAAGGAGGAAACAAGUAGUUACACUAAUAUUUUAAAACGUGAUUUGGAAGUUUUUCAAACUAAACUGAUUGAUACACAAAAUGAUUUUGAAUUACAAUGUCGGGAAUUGAAAGAAGAAUUGUCGACCAAAAAUCAAGAGUUUGAAAAUAUUUUGAAUGAAAAAGAUAUUGAAAUAAAGGAAGCUUUUGAUAAACUCAAUUUAAUCCAAAAUGAAAUAGAUUAUGUUAAGAAAAAUAAUGAUAAAGUCAUAGAUGAACAGUCUAAUGAAAUAAAUAAGCUUAAGCUAAAUAUAAAUGAUUUUCUGAAAAUGAAAGAACAGUCUGAAGUUCUUAUAUCAGACAACUUAAAUAAAAUGAAAGAGCUUAACGCACAGUUAGAACAAGAAAAUAAAAGCAAAUUAAGAUUAGAGACUUUACUUUCUGAAAAAGCAAUGGAAUAUGAUGCUUUGAUUGUAAAUAAGCAGGUUCUUGAAAAUUCUCUGACGGAGCUGCAAAGUAAAGAAAUUAAUUUAACUGUUGAAUUAGAUAAUGUUUGCAAAGAGAAAAGCGAGAUCGAAAACAGAUUAAAACUUGAAAUUGAAAAUCUGAAAGCCGAAUACGCGCAAUUACACAUUGAAAAAGAAAAUGAAAGGAAAACAUUUACAGAUAAAAUAGAAAGUAUUAUUCUAGAUAAAGAUGAGGCUCUUAAUAAAGGACAAGAGACUAUUGACAAUCUAAAAGCUCAAAUUACCGAACUAGAAUUAAUAAAGGCUCAAGAGACUGACAACUUAGUUGUAGCUAUCACUUCGAAAGAUAGAGAAUUUCAGUUAACUGAAGCUAGAUUAGAGCAUACGGAGACUGAACGAUUGACAGCAGAGUGUGAAUUACAGGACUUAUUGCAACAAAACACAGUCCUUGAGGCUGAUAUGGCGUCGCUCAAAAUACAGUUGGACGAAGCGAAUGCUCUCAUCAAAAAACAAUCAUCGAGAUUGGUGGCAUGUGCUGGUGAAAGUGCAUUGGAAGUAUUAAACGGAGCGCUGGCCGCUUUCGAGAAUUCAAACGCGCAAGAUGCUAACAAACUGGCAGCUGAACUCGCUGCCAAAGCAUUUGAGGAGCUUGCAAGAAAAAGUCAGAUCGAGGGUAAUGAGGAACUAGUAGCAAAAUCUUCAAUAUUCGCUGCUCAUAAUGCGGCACAGCUGUCCGCGUAUGUUGCAGAUAUCUCCAAUAUUUCCACCGACCUUGAACUCUCGGAUAAAUUGAACAACGAAUGCCGAAGUAUGCUCACAUCAACUAAGCAAUGCCUUGAGACAAUUACUGGUGGUAGUUUAGACCGCGCGUCCUGUAUGGAAGCGCGCGUGAACGUGCAAAGCGUUGCGAGGACCGCGGCGGCUGCAGACCGCCUAGCUCGCGGAACACGCAGUGUGGACGACGAGCUUGCCGAUAUGGACAGCGCUAUCGAAGACGCAGCCAAUCAGAUCGAGGAAAUGUUAGCAGCCAGUCGGGCAGGUGAUUCCGGUGUUAAACUAGAAGUGAAUGAGAAGAUUCUGGACGCUUGCACUACGCUGAUGGGCGCAGUCAAGGUUUUGGUCCAGGAGUCGAGGAAACUGCAGAACGAACUCGGAGACCCCAAGACCCGCCAUAAGAUGUACCGGCGAAAUCCACAGUGGUCGGAGGGAUUGAUAUCGGCGUCUAAAGCUGUAGUGUUCGCGGCUAAGUUGUUGGUUUCAUCAGCUGACGAGGCGGUGGGUGCGGCGGGUCGUGUGGAGGGGGUAUCGGCGGCCGCGCAUGAGGUUGCGGGUAGUACGGCGCAACUGGUAGCCGCGUCACGUGCGCGUGCGCCGCCGUCCGCGCCCUCACUGGCGAGGCUCACCGCCGCGUCGCGCGCGGUAGCCGCCGCCACCGGUGCGGUCGUGGCCACGGUGCGAGGAGCCUCUGCGCUCGUGAGGGAUCAGGAAGCUCUGGACACGUCUGCGCUGUCGCUGACAGCCACGAGACGCCUCGAGAUGGACAGCAAGGUGCGAGCUCUGGAGCUGGAGAGCGCACUCGAAGCAGAGCGUGCGAAGUUAGCGGCUCUGAGGAAACGCCACUACCACCUAGCGCAGGUUCAAGAGAAUGGCAAUAUGACUAAUGGGAAGGAGUGAAUCAGAAAAUGAAAAG